AUGCCAAGAGAUCCCAACAUUCAAAUCUAUGUGGCAGCCCGCGCCCUCGGUGAUAUUGUGCGCAAGCUUGGCGAUCGGAUUCUUGCGGACAUAAUUCCAAUUUUGGAGGCCGGUCUUGAUUCCGAAAUCACAGAUCAGCGUAGAGGCGUUUGCACUGGUCUGAUUGAGUUAAUGAGAAAUUGCACCAAAGAACAGCUCUCAAGCGCUAACUACAGCAGCGACUUCAUCGUCUUUAUCCGGCGCGCCAUCUCUGAUCAUCAGCCCGAAGUGCGGCGUGCUGGAGCCCGAGCUUUCGAUCUUCUCCACAAUAGUCUUGGUGUACGUGCUAUUGAUGGCUUGCUGCCUGAUUUGCUGGCUCAGCUUGACGCCUCACAACAGGAUUCGGCACAGCAUGCAGCAACGCUGGAUGGUCUUCGCCAGUUACUUACGGUCAAAAGCAAAGCAGUAAUGCCACAUCUUGUACCUAAGGUAAUUUCAUGCGGCAGUCCUAUUAUCUAUUUUUUUCGGCCUUACAAUCAUAUGUGA